AUGCUAGGACGGCUCAAGAGAGUCCUGGGGCGGCGGGGCAAAGAGGAAGCCACAACUGCGGCACCAACCACUUCCGCUUCUGUGGAAAAUGCGAGCGAGGGAAGUGAAUCAGGCAGAGUAGAGGAUAAUAUUCACAGCGCAAGCGAUUAUUGGAAGAUGGCGAAUAACCAGUUAAGCGAGGCCGAAAGAGUUACUCUGUCAACAGUUCUCCCAGAGACACCGACUCACCCUCACAACAGUCAUUUACGGACGAAGGAAAUACUGGGCCGGGUCCUCGAAGCAACUGAAGAGCAGUACAAGGAGUACCUGGAAAGCCGGACCACCAUCCGAACAACAGCGCACAGGAUCCUGAACUCCGCACUGUCUUUUCAGGAUAUAGUCAGUACCGUCGUUCGAUUCGAUCCAACCGGCCAUGCUUCGCACGCCUGGGCGAUCGUAUCCCUCGGGUUAACGAUGGCUAAAAACCACGCAGACCUGCGGAAUGCUCUUUUCGAUUCUUCAGCAUACCUGGCGGAUGUUUUAACCCGCUGCGCCUUUAUCGAAGAGCAUCUUUAUCGGGAGAGUGACACAGCGGUACCGCCAAAUAUCGAAAAGGGACGAUCAAUUGUCCGGGUUUAUGCAGCAAUACUGCGCUAUGCGGCCGAGGUGCGCAGGGUCCAAGAGUUCAACACAGGGAGAGACGUAAUGGAAAGUAUUACAGCCAUAACGGAUAAGCCACUCAUACAGCUCAAGUCGGCAAUUAAGGAAGAGGAAUUAAAUCUGCAGCUCUGGCUGCUUUUAGACCAGCACCUGCAUCGCAAAGCCGAGGCAGAUGCCAUACUUGGUCAUAUUGACGAAUUGAUAGCGGCUGUCGAGGAGGUAGGCAAAGUAGUUGCCAUGCUCAAUUUGCCUUUUGUUGACUGUGCAUGUUUCGACUCCUUCGAAGAUCAACAUGAAGAUGAAUGCCUUCUUGGAACACGGACAGAACUGCUUCAGCAGAUAAAGUCCUGGGGCAACUCAAGGGAUACAAGCAUAUUCUGGUUGGCUGGCAUGGCAGGAACGGGCAAGUCCACUGUUGCAAGGACAGUGGCCCGAUGCUUUAUGGAGGGAGGCAUCCUCGGGGCAAGCUUCUUCUUCAAAAGGGGUGAUGGGGAUCGCGGCUCAGCAGCAAGGUUUUUUCCAACAGUUGUCAAGCAAUUGGCUGCCCGUAUUCCGCAGACAAUCCCCGGGAUUCAAAAAGCCAUAGAGAACGACCCUACAGUUGCAACGAAGUCGCUUCGGGAGCAGUUUGACAAACUUCUGCUGCAGCCAUUACUUGCCGUGAGUGGGCCACAAGCGGCAACUCCUAUCGUAAUUGUCGUCGACGCCCUGGAUGAGUGCUCACGGGAGGAAGACAUAGAGGUCAUCCUCGAGCUGUUACCCAAGGUCCCAAAGAUGAUUCAAUUCUUUAUAACAGCCCGGCCCGACUCAGCGAUCCGCUUCGGCUUCGAUCAAUUUGAUCAGAGCGAUUACAAAAAAACCAUCCUUCAAAAUAUCGGCGAUGAUGUGAUAAAACGAGACAUUACCGUAUAUCUUCGGGAAGAAUUCUCUAAAUUGAGGCAGAAGCGCCGGCGUGCUCUUCCCCCGGAUUGGCCUGGAGAAGAGAGAAUUGAGGCUCUAGCAACAAUGGCCGCUCCCCUUUUCAUAUUCGCGGCAACUGUGUGUCGCUUUGUGGCUGAUAGAAGAUUCAAUCCAGAGAAGCGGUUGGAAGAGUUCCUUGCAGAACCCUCAGGGUCUAAGAUGGAUAAGACAUACCGUCCAGUGCUGAAUCAACUUUUCGCCGACAACGAAAGCGACAUGGAGCUGCUGGUCGACGAGUUUCAGAAAAUCAUUGGCGUGAUUGUUCUUCUUGCUGCUCCACUCUCAUUAAGUGCCCUUGCACAGCUCCUCAAGAUACCAGAAGGAGAUAUCAGCACUCGAUUAGAUUCAUUCCAUUCAGUACUCAGCAUACCUGAUGAUCCACACUUACCAAUCCAGGCGCUGCAUUUGUCCUUCCAUGACUACCUCGUCGACGGGCGCACAGGAGCCCAGGAAGCCACCUCUCAAUUCUGGGUAGACAAAAAAGAGAAGCACGGCCUGAUAGCCAGGCAUUGUCUAACACUCAUGAAUUGUUCGCUUAGAAAGAAUAUUUGCAGGUUGCCAAGUUAUGGAACACUCCGAGAGGAAAUUGAGCGUGCUUCUAUCACAAGCUUUCUUCCAGAUGCGCUCCGGUACGCUUGUCGCUACUGGGCUUAUCAUCUAAUCCAGAGCUCAGCAUCGGCAAGGGACUCGGAGCAGAUCCUGCCCUUUCUAGAGAAGCACUUUCUUCAUUGGUUAGAGUCGAUGAGCAUCCUGGGAAUGACGCCGGAGGCCAUUAAUGCUGUCACYGCGUUGCUAGAACUACUGGAUGCUUCACCCAAAAACGCGGUAUUCCUCUUUCUCUCGGAUGCCAGACGGUUUAUGCUCAAAAAUGCGCGCAUUGCCGAGAGAGCACCACUGCAGCUGUACUGCUCCGGCCUGAUUUUCGCCCCGCAACAAGCCCUAAUUCGAAUGCUCUUCAAGGACAAUAUCCCUUACUGGAUCUCGCGGCUACCAAGUGUCGAAGAGAACUGGAGCCCUGAGCUCCAGACCUUUGAAGGCCAUUCUCACGCGGUCAAUUGCGUGAGAUUUGCUCCGGAUGCGAAAACAAUGGCUUCUGCUUCUGGCGACGGUACAAUCAAGCUUUGGAGCACGACGGCGGGUCUGAAGCGGACGCUGGAGGGCCACCGAGACUCAGUUGUCGACUUUGCGUUUUCGCCAGAUGGGAAGACAAUAGCGUCGGCAUCUCUUGACGGUACGAUCAAAAUCUGGUGCAGCACGGGGGACUUACACAAAACACUGGAUUUACGUGAUGAGCAAGUCGAGGAUGUUUGUUUCUCGCACGAAGGAAGAGUGGUCCAUUCUGCACACUACGAUUGUGAGGAAAGCAUUUGGUCCGUUGUGAAUGCGAAGGACGGCGUAACACGAGACGACCGUUGGGUCAAUAGGCUUGUGUUCUCGUCUAAUGGAAAGCUAGUAGUUUCCGGCUGCAGUGACGGCAGCAUACAGUUGUUGGACUGCAAUGGGAACUUGCAGCACUCGCUAAAAGGCCACAGCAAGUCGGUUAACUCAGUUGCGAUAUCUCCCGACAGCAAGCUAGUCGUUUCGGGAUCAGCAGAUUAUACCGUCAAACUCUGGAGCACCACCGGAACUUGGAGGCGUACUAUUCAGAAUGAUGAUGGGGAGGUGAACUUAGUGACCUUUUCUCCUGAUGGCGGCAUUAUUGUGUGCACUUCCGAGUACGGGGCGGCCAAGUUCUGGGAUACCAAAGGAGAUCUGCAGUGCACCCUUGGCGGGAUGGCAAAGAAGAUCGAAUGCGUGGCAUUCUCUCCCAAUGGCACCCUGGCUGCAACAGGGUUUAGAGACGGUACAGUGAGCCUGUGGCAUACAGACAAGUGGGCUCUACACUGUACCCUCAGCGGCCACGACUUGGUAAGGUGGUUGGAAUUCUCUCCCGACGGGCAACAGCUGGUUGCGGUGUCUUGGAAAACGGCAAAGGUCUGGCAGUUGAACUCGGACACCAGAGCACCACAGAACACGACGUUGAAAGGACAUUCCGGGCAUAUCAAUUGUGCUGUCUUCUCACCCGACAGCAAACUCGUAGCUUCUGGAUUGGGCGACGGCACGGUGAAGAUCUGGGACGCCACCAUCGCCAAUUCCGAUUCCGAAUACAAUCAAGCCGCACAUACGGACGCCGUGGGAAGGGUGCUAUUCUCACCAAAUGGGAAACAAGUCGCAUCGGGCUCAUCUGACAUCCGGCUCUGGGACGCGGAUACAGGUCGUCUGCAACAUAUCCUCUCACACGUCAGAAGGGGGAACACAGACUUGCUCUAUUCCUCGAAUAGCACAUUGUUAAUCUAUAAUGGCGCGUUUUCUGAAGGGCCUGAAAUCUGGAAUACGUCGACCGGCGCUUUGGUAUAUACCAGCUUCCCGGGUGAACCCUCCGACACAAUUUACGGGGUGCAAUUCUCCCCCGAUGCUAAUCUCGUGGCCUAUCGCUUGCGGGACGCGUUUGAACUCAGACACACAUCUUCGCAGGAACUGGCUUACUCGGUGAAAGCCACCAGGGAUCUCUACUCUCACGCAUUGCUUAUUUUCUCGCCCUCUAACGCGUUGGUUGCGACAUAUUCCGCAUUCCCUUAUCCCUACACUGAACAAACAGGGACGGAAGCAGAAAAAAGUGUCAAAACCCUGGCAAACUGGCGCGGGGAUCGAAAUAUCUCCAUCCUCAAUGCCACAACCGGAGCCAUCCAAAGCGUCAUAAGUGGCCAUGCAGAUCUAGCCAAGACUGUCACGUUCUCGCCCGAUGACCGUUUCGUGGCGUCUACGUCCGCGGAUAGGACAGUGAAACUCUGGCAGACUGCGACGGGGGGGUUGGAAGACUGUUUCCAACACUCGAUGCUCGUCACCGCCGUGGCAUUCUCACCGGAUACCCGAACUCUCGCUUCGAGCUCCAGCGACAACACAAUAAGGCUCUGGGAUACCGCUUCCGGAACAUUACGAUAUACCUUUCCCGGUGCGGAGGGUGUCGACGGCCUCUCCUUCUCAGAGGAUGGGAGGUACCUGCAAACCGAUCUUGGCUCAAUUGACAUCGAGGCGUCGAAGGCGAAAGGGGCAUGUGUGUUCCGUCCUAAAAUGGUCUCCGUAGAGGGCUGCGAGUGGGUUUGCCUCAAUGGCGAGAAGGCGCUCUGGCUUCCGCAUGAAUAUCGCGGAGCUAUUGCUGUGCGAGAUGCGAGGGUGGUUAUUGGGCAUGCAACUGGGGCUCUUACGUUCAUGGAGUUUUACUUUGGCACUGACACCGCAGAGGCGUGCUGUGGCCCUAAGUAUUGA